AUGAACGAGGCCGGCAAGGCUGAUCAGGCUGACGAGCAGACACUGUGGGCCAUGGUGGCGUGGUGGCAUUGGGGAAACAUGAGGCUGAGGGGACGGCAAUGGUUUGGACGUUUCCACGGCUGCAUCCACCACCGGCAGCUUCGUCUUUGGUCUGUUCACCAUGGUGCCAUCCUUCUCGAUAACCGCAAUGGUACUUUCGCGGUCAUCGGCACGCAACCUCCCCCCGCUCGCUCCGCGUACGUUGCUGCCCAAAGACUGGCAUCGGGAUCAAGCAUCGGUUUGUCGGCGCCUGUCUUCUCCGCCCCGCCUUCUCUCGCGGACAGGUGGGAGGACGACUCGACCGUCGUCGAAGGAGACAUCUUCUCCGACGACAACCAGGGCAACGGCGUGGCGGACGGCAACGGCAACGCGGCUGACGACGAGGAUGACGAGGACGACGAUGAUGACGAUGAUGACGAGGACGUUGAGAUGGGCGAGGCAGUCGACGACAGCGACGAUGACUUUCCUGAGCAAACCAUACAAAUCCAGCUCGGAUUUUCCGUCGGCCAAACUCCCACCGACGAUGGGUCUUCCGGAACCGACGGAGACCCCAUGGAUGUCGACUCCAACGUCGGAACCCCUGCCGCCCAAAGCCCCGUCUCUGCCCCGGUUUUUCCUGUCUCGGCCGCCCAAGCCCCGGCCGCCCAAGCCCCCAUCGCCUCUGCUGCGGCCGUCCAAGCCGCCAUCGUCCCAAUCUGGCCCUACAUCACGCGCUGGACUCUCUACCCUCUUCCCCUCCCCUCCCCUUCCUCCCCCGCCCAUCGCACCCUCCUCGCGCUCCUCUCCUUCCCCCGCAUCCGCACCUUGCCGGUCUCCUGGCAGGAGCGCUUGCGGGCCCGCACCCCCUCCCUCGGCACCCUCACAGCAGUCGCCCUCUACCUCGGCGGCAGAGCCGAGUCCGGCUCGCCCUGCCAGUCACACUGCGGGCAGUAUGGCGCCCUGGUGGAGAGGCUGUUUGCUGUCCAGAGGGAGAAAGCCUGGGAGAAAGGGCUGGGGUACUGGAAGUUCGAGAGGAAGUUUGCGUUUCCGAGGUGUGUGAAGGUGCCGGAGGCGUUGGAGGGGGAUCGGGAGGUGGAGGAGGUGUUGGGAGGAAGGCCGUGUUGUAACCAUUUCUUCAGGGAGUUGAGGGGUGCGUGGGAGACGAGUGAGCCGUUUCCGCCGAAGCCGCCGGGUGGUCUUGUUUGGAAUGGGCCUAUGUGGUAA